AUUUCAUUUAAGUCAAAAUGAUGGAAAAUUUUUAUUUACUGUAAAUGUGUCACACAAAAAUUGAAUUGUUUGAAGCAUUGCUCGGAAUCAGUAAAUUGUAGUCACAUUAGUUUGAUUUGUAAAUAUCAGAAACCAUCAUCGUCAUGGAUUUCGGGUCUUUAUUGCACGUUGCCAAGCGAAAUAGUUUACAAAACCCAAAGACAGAGUCAUCGAAAUUCUAUCCAGCCAAAUUCUCUGCACCCAAAAAAGAAUCGAAAGAGAAGAAACUGUCGGCAAACAUUCAAAAGUUUUUGAAAAAGCGUGAAGAAGAUGAACGUCAGAAAGCUGCCGCAGCUAAGCAAAAACUGGAUGAAUUAAUGGCAAUGCGCGAUGACAAAGCAAAGAAUAAAAUUAAAAAAAUGCUGAAAGUCACCAAAUCGGCCAAUAAAUCUGUGCUUCAAGACGCUGUCGAUAAUGACAAUACAGCAAUUACGCUGCAAGGGCCCGAACAACCGGAUGAAGAUGAUUAUGGAUAUACGUCACAAGAAGCAUCUCAAUUUUACAAAAAUUUAAUGGACAAGUACAAGAAAGUGCCGGAAGAGAAAAAGUUUUCGGAUAGUCGACCAACGAAGAAGGCAGAUUUGACGGGUACAAAAGAUCGUGUUAGAGCAGCAUUGCUACGUGAACAAGAGGAAGAAAGUGGACCGCAUCGGCGGAAACGUACCACAGAGUCGUCGGGCACCUCCAGAAUGGACGAAGAAAAGCCAGGUCAUCGACGGAAAAAUCUCUACGAUCCGGAAAGUGAACGACGCGAAGAAGAACAAAAGAAACGCGACGAACAAAGAGCAAAAGCGAAAAAUCGCCCAGCACCACCUGCCUUAAAUUUCAAUCAAUUACUGCAAUUAGCCGAAAAGAAGCAAUUCGAACCCGUUGAAGUGGAAGUCGAAGUGAAGCAGAAGGAAGCGGAACGUUUGCUAACGAAAAAAGAAAAGCGAGAGAUGGAGGAACGACAACGCUACUUUGCUGAAAGAGAAAAGCGAAAGCAAAACCGGUCAAACGACGAAAAGAACAGUUCUAAAGUGGCUAGUCCGAGCGGAUCAAAUGCUGAACCUCGGAAAAUGGAACCAAACGGUAGAAUACCGAAAAUUGGCUCUAAACCGCUUCAGACUGUGAGUAAGCCUAAUCCGGAGAGACGACUGAAUGGAGAUUCGAAGCAUUCUACAGAAAGUCGAAAAACGCCAUCUAGCAGCUCGCAACUUAAAGAUGACCGGGACCGUAAAACCAACUCCGAUAUUCGAAAUUCCGAGUUUCGAAAACCAGCCCCUCUGCCAGCGUCGAGCACCCAUCCUCGUCCGACUACUGCAAAGCCUUUACCGAAAGCGCCUCGAAGCCAAGAUAAAAUUCCGCAAAACAAUCCUCAGAGGAGCACACCAUCAGCUCGAGAAGUUCCACCCAAAGAUGUACGGAAACCAUUGGCAAAUAAUGAUGGUAAAUCAACGGCGAAUCGUCCGAAUGAUCGGAACUACCCACCGUUGAACGUGAAAAAAACAUCCGCUCCUCAAAACAGCAAUAAUGGCAACACAAAAAUAAGACCUUUUCCUCCAUCAGAUGUCAAAACACGACAGUUCCCGCCUCAAGAUGUAAAAACACGACCGUUUCCACCAGCAGAUGUAAAAACUAGACAAUUUCCUCCGCUGGACGUUAAAACAAGACCUUUCCCUCCGCAAGAUGUAAAAACUAAACAAUUUCCGCCAGCCGAUGUGAGAGGCAGACAAUUUCCUCCGAAUGAUAUGCAACGACGUCCUGUAUCAAUUAAAAAGCCGAUGAAACGGCGACCAGUUAUUGACGAUGAUGAUAGCGAAUACGAUUCUGAAAUGGAUGAUUUCAUUGAUGAUGGUCCCGAGGAGCAAGACUAUUCAAAGUACAUAAAAGAGAUCUUUGGUUACGACAAAUCGAGAUAUCGUGGAAUGGACGAUGAUUGCGACAAUAUGGAAUCGUCAUUCUCGCAACAAAUGCGAGAGGAGUAUGUUAGUAAAAAAAUAGGUAUAAUGGAAGAUCUGGAGGACAUGCGAAUGGAAGCCGAAGAGAAGAAACGCAAGAAAAAGCGUCGAAAGCUGAGUGAUAGUGAUUAGAAUUUAUUACUUUUAUUAAUUUUGUUUAAAACAUAACGUCAAGAAAUGGAAAACUUAAAAAUGUUUUUUUUAAUGUUGAAUUUAUGGAAUUCAACCCUAGGUUUAAGGAAUAUUUUAUAGAAACAAUAUUUAUGGAGAUUGAUAAGGCAAUGAUUGCCCUUCGAUUAACUGUUUUGUAUAGUAAAAUUUGAGGAUAAAA